AUGACGUCGACAUCCGUGUCCCGAGGUACUUACCAGUAUCUGAGGAGCGAGGAAGACUAUGCCAAGCUGUUGGACCGUUACGACAACUUUCUCUUCGAUUGCGAUGGUGUGCUUUGGUCUGGAACGGAAGCGUUGCCGGGUGUAGCCUCUGUUCUGCGCAAGCUGCGUGCGCGUGGCAAGAACAUCUUGUUUGUCACGAACAAUGCAUCGAAGAGCCGUCGUAUGCUUCUGGAACGGAUCCAGCAAGCUGGUAUUGAAGGCGCUACAGAAGAGGUGUUUUCAUCCGCCUAUGCCUCGGCAGCCUUUCUGAAAAAUGUGCUCCAGUUCCCGAGCGACCGGAAAGUGUUUGUCGUGGGCAUGUCGGGUUUGGAAGAAGAGUUGGAUGCUGUGGGCAUUUCUCAUAUCGGUGGCACCAAUCCUGCGCAAAAGGUCGUUAUGAAUGGCCUUGAUUUCUCUGCUCUUUUAGCAGAUGGCCUGCUGGAUGAUAGUGUAGCGGCUGUGUUGUGCGGCAUCGAUUCAGACUUGACGUAUGUGAAGAUGGCGCAGGCAUUCCGGUACCUUACGCGUCCUGGGGCCGAGGGCCCUGUACAGUCAGGAGAGCGUGGUGGUGGCUGCUACUUUGUGUGCACGAACGAAGAUGUCACAUUCCCUACCAGCCAGGGUCUAUGGCCCGGUGCCGGUUCUGUGUGGGCUGGUAUCCAAUCCUCAUCGGGUCGUACUCCCUUAAUUGUGGGCAAACCGAAUGAGCCGAUGAUUGAUACGAUUUUUGCUAGCCGCGAUUUCGAUCGGCAACGUACGAUCAUGGUCGGUGAUCGUCUUAAUACCGACAUUGCGUUUGGGACUAAGGGUGGCAUCGAUACGAUGCUGGUGCUGACCGGCGUAUGCACCCUGGAUGAUGUUCGUGCUGAGGAUGCGCCCGCAGUUCCUACGUACGUACUUCAAGGGCUCGGAGAUUUGGAUUCGGUCGCCUAG